AUGCCGUCCAUAAUACUCCUUGCUGCCGUUCUUUACCUGGUAUACUUGGUUACCAGCACUUUUGUCAGCCUUUUUCGCAAUAUCAAACGAGCCAAACAAUCCGGAAUUCCCUAUGUUGUUGUCCCAGUCUAUUAUCUUAACCCAUUCUGGCUCAUCACGAAUCAGCUCUAUCUACCAUUGCUGGCUAAGCUGCCCCAAACAUGGACUUGGUGGGUGGACUUUUGUCUGCCGGAUUUCAACUACAAUUACAGCAUCGAGAUCUUCCAACGUGUGGGAAGUGAUACGUUCUUGACCGUCGCCCCGGGUGGCAUUAUGAUGCACACGGCAGAUCCAGCUGCCAUCCAUCAGAUUACGACACGGAGGAACGAUUUCCCCAAGCCGACGGCCAUUUACCGGUCAGUGGAUAUCUAUGGCAAGAAUGUGGUCUCAACCGAGGGCGCCAUGUGGCGUCAGCAUCGUAAGGCCACUAGUCCGCCAUUCACAGAGAAGAACAACCAUCUCGUCUGGGCGGAGAGCAUUGAUUUGGCUAAUGCGAUGUUGGCCUCGUGGACGGGCCCAGACGGACAAGGCAACAAGACCGUCGACCGGGUCAUGGACGACACGAUGCGCCUCAGUUUGUACGUAAUCAGUCGAGCAGGCUUUGGGCGGAAGUUGCAGUGGCCAUCAGAAGACGCAAAAGCUGAUAUCGAUGUCAAUUAUGUCGACCAGUCAAAGAUACAGAACCAAAGGGAUGAUCGAGAUCGAGGACAUUCAAUGAGCUAUACCUAUGCCAUCCAUUGCUUGUUGGACAACAUUCUGUUCCAAUUUCUCCUACCUCGGUGGCUGAUGGCGCGAGUUCCCUUCAAGAUCGUUCAGAAGGCAAACGAGGCGUAUGUGGAAUGGGGCAAUUACAUGAAAGAAGCUGUUGCGUCGAAGAGAGACACUCUGCAAGAGGGAGAAGAGAGCAAAGACCAGAUGGAUAUCCUGAGCCAACUGGUAAAGAAUCAAAUGAAUGAAAAGAGCAAGGAUCCUCCUCUGACAGACUCUGAAGUAUUGGGAAACAUGUUCGUUCUCAUACUGGCCGGCCACGAGACAGCAGCGAAUUCGAUCCAUUUUUCUCUGCUUUACCUGGCGCUUGACCCUCGGACGCAACGAGCAGUGCAAAAGGACCUGGACCGGAUUUUCCAAGGCAGACCACCUUCUGAAUGGGAUUAUGAUCGAGACUUGCCCUCCCUCUUCGGCGGCAUGAUUGGUGCUGUGUUAGCUGAGGAACUGCGACUGAUUCCGCCUGUGAUAGGUAUACCUAAAUCGACCUGGGGAGUGGGAGAUCAGCCGAUCACCCUGGAGGGCAAGCAAUACACUGUGCCAGGUGGUAUUUAUAUCAGUCUUGCCACAUCCAACGUCCACCGAAAUCCGAAAUACUGGCCCACUACCAAGCCGAACUUUCCCGGCGGUAAACCUGUUCAUCCGGUAGCCAACCUGGAUAAUGACCUUGAAGAAUUUCGACCCGAACGGUGGUUGCUGGAUGGCGAAGCUGAGGUCCAGACCACUAUUGCAGAUGACAACAAGGAGAUGCCGAAUGAGGCACUCACAUCAGACGGUCUGGGGGUCAAUGAAUCAUCUGAUACCUCCGACCGAUUCUACAAACCACCCAAAGGAGCUUAUGUACCAUUUAGCGACGGUUAUCGGGCAUGCCUCGGACGACGAUUUGCUCAAGUCGAGGUCCUGGCAGUGCUGGCGGUUCUCCUACAGAACUAUUCGGUGGAACUGGCGGUUGAUCGCUGGGCGAACGACGAGGAAGUCAUCGAAAUGGACGAGGAUGCCCGCGUGGAACUAUGGCAGAAGGCUGCUGAGCGGGCAAGGGACUUGAUGCUCCAUGGCCUCAGUGUUAUCAUAUCUUUGCAAAUGAGGAAAGGAACCGUACCUCUACGGUUUGUACCGAGAGGGAAGGAGAGAUUCCCUGAUGAUGUGGACCAGAGAUGGAAAGAUAAGCAUCCUGACCUGUGCAGGAGACCCGAACCCAUCCCCAACUGGAGGUACUGGGGAUGA